CCACUCGGGGGUGCCGGAACGGAUGGAGGGGCGGAACCUUAUCUCGCGAGCGGCGGAAGCGGGCCGGAGCCUCAUAGGCGCCGCGCGCAGGGCUGCCCGGACGGCUUUGGCUGUGGCGCCACCUGCGGCUGCUGCCGCUGUCAGUUGGGCGGCCGGCGGGACCCAACAUGGCGGCGGCGGCGGCGGCGGGCAGCGGUCGGUCGGGCGGAUGGACAUGCUGAUGACGGUCCGGAGAUUCGCCUCCAUCUGUACCAUGGGCGCCAAUGCUUCCGCUUUGGAGAAAGAGAUUGGUCCAGAGCAGUUUCCAGUGAACGAACAUUACUUUGGCUUGGUCAAUUUUGGCAACACUUGCUACUGCAACUCAGUCCUGCAGGCACUUUAUUUUUGUCGUCCGUUUCGGGAAAAGGUGUUGGCCUACAAGGUCCAGCCUCGCAAGAAGGAGAGCCUCCUGACGUGCCUCUCGGACCUCUUCAACAGCAUUGCCACGCAGAAGAAGAAGGUUGGGGUCAUCCCCCCCAAGAAAUUUAUUUCUCGACUGAGGAAGGAAAAUGAACUCUUUGACAAUUACAUGCAGCAGGACGCGCAUGAAUUCCUGAACUACCUACUGAACACAAUUGCUGACCUGCUGCAAGAAGAGAAGAAGCAAGAGAAGCAGAACGGGAAGCUCCAGAACGGAAGCCUCGAGAGUGACGAAGGGGAGAAGGCCGACCAGACGUGGGUCCACGAGAUCUUCCAGGGGACGCUCACCAAUGAGACCCGAUGCCUUAACUGUGAAGCUGUUAGUAGCAAAGACGAGGACUUUCUGGACCUGUCGGUUGAUGUGGAACAAAAUACAUCAAUUACACACUGUUUGAGGGGCUUCAGUAACACGGAGACUCUGUGUAGUGAAUACAAAUACUACUGUGAGCAAUGCCGCAGCAAACAGGAAGCACAAAAGAGGAUGCGAGUGAAAAAGCUACCCAUGAUCCUUGCUCUGCACUUGAAACGGUUCAAAUACAUGGACCAGCUGCAUCGAUAUACCAAACUCUCCUAUCGGGUAGUUUUCCCCUUGGAGCUUCGACUCUUUAACACUUCAGGAGAUGCUACAAACCCUGACAGAAUGUAUGAUCUUGUGGCUGUGGUUGUCCACUGUGGCAGCGGUCCAAACCGUGGACACUAUAUCACCAUUGUGAAGAGUCACGGGUUUUGGUUGCUAUUUGACGACGACAUUGUAGAGAAAAUUGAUGCUCAAGCCAUUGAAGAAUUCUAUGGGUUAACAUCAGACAUUUCCAAAAACUCAGAAUCUGGAUAUAUCCUCUUCUACCAGUCAAGGGACUAAAACAACUCAUUCAGAGCAUCCGACGUGUGCACCACAAAGGGAUCAAGGCUGCGCCUGGGCAGGACAUUUUCGUGCUAACACAAUGAAUUCCUCGCCAUGAGAGAUCAACAGGAGAUCAGCUGCACCGUUUCCUCAAGGAGGACCGCUGCCAGUAGCGAGAAGGGGGUUCACUCUGGUUUUAUUUCUGGGCUAUUUUAUACGUGCUAUCUUCCAAAAUCUAUGUUACCUCUACUUGAAAUCUGGCUGCUUAGAUGUGUGAGAACCAAGGAAGGGUUUUUAAAAGUAGCAUUGUAGAAUCCGUUCACCAUUCAGUGAGGGCCUGUGGCUCAACCUGAGUUCCUCUUCUUACUGUUUUUCUGUAUUUUAGCAGAAUGAUUUCAGUAUUCUGUGUUGGCUAAAGAUGUGUCUUAGGAUCUGUGGAAGACGUGUCUUAGGAUCUGUGUUGGUGGCUCAUGAUGUCAGGAUUGACCCUGCGAGGUUAAGUUGUACUGCCAAUAUCACAGCUUCUUGUGUGACGUCUGGAAAAAGGAGAAACAGUUGUUGCUUCUGCAGCAUUGCAAAUACCCCCAACGGUGUCGCCUUGAUUUCAGCGGAGAUUAUUCAUUUUUUUCCAUUUUGACUUUCUUUCCCCAGUUCUCUGUGGAAGAAGUAAUUUUAUAAGCUUCAUAAUAAACUUUUUUGUUUACUUUAAAGGCUUGAACUCAAGCUACAAUAUUGUAGAAUUCAGGGGAGCGAAGAAGUAGAGGAAAGGGUUUGAGGUCGCAUCGCAAAAGCUGAAGUGACUGUGUGUGUCAUGGCGCUCUUACACAAGCCAAAAGUGCCCUUGACUGAAACAAGAUCUGUUCCAUGUUUGUUUCAUUGUAUAGUCAACUAGGGGACAAAAAGCAAUGUGAUGGCUGGAUCUACCUGCUAAAUAGCACACUAAGUAACACUAAGUGUGAGGGCUAAGUAUUGUCAUCAGUAUGGUCUUGGAAACCAUGGAGGACGGGGAUAAGAGAGAGAAAUCCAUCAGAGUAACACGUACCGAUGCUCUGAGUAGCAGUACUUUCUCUCCUCUGCCCCUAUCUCACUGUUGCCCACUUCCCAGUCUGCUGUGGCUUCCCCAGAAGCACUCCUGUGAAGAACGAAUUUCAGCUACAUUUCCUGCUCUGUCUGUCGUAACCCCAAGGAUGACUCAAGAGAAUACCUGCAAUUGAGAGGACUCUGCGAGUACUGCUCCACUCUUUUGAAAUUUUCUUUUUCCGUGUCUGUCCUCACCUCCCCUGCUUGAAAUAUGUGAUCCAGCGACUUGUUUCUGAUGUAGGGGUGUCAGUGGGAUGUACACAUAGCUGCCUCCACCCAGAAUGGCGUCCUGGUUUGUUUAAAUGGAGGGGUACAUUGGAGUGCAUAUCAGCUGUCUCCAUAGAAUGGCAAACGGAUGCAGGAGCUCCCUGUGGGCGUUGGAGCAGACAUGGAGCUCCGUCCUGGAACACAGCAGUGGGCAAGGACAACCGCGUCCUGUCUUGUUUAUCACACUAUCGUGGUCUUUGCUCACCCCCAAAAGCAGCCCUCCACAUAUUGUGUGCAGACAAGGCAGGCAGACUGACUUGAUGCAAUUCUGUAACACGUGCUCUGCUAAGAGACUUAUUGUUACCAAAACACUGUCGUGGUGCAAACAUUAUAACUCCAUUUUUAAAUUUUUUUUUUUUUACACAAUGGCUCUGUCUGUUACCUUGCUGACUCCCCUCAUGUCCCCAAUGGCGUUCGUUAGCAACAAAACUACUGUCUGUCUUCAGAACUGGAGUCAAAGGUUCAGCAUUCACACCUCGGCUACUUCAGAAAGCAAACUGAUCCAACGGCUAAUUCAUAGCGAUUAAUAUGCAAAAGUAAUCUUUUCUUCAAAGGUUGUGAUCUCUUAACAAGAUACUUGUUGACAACUGGUGGUUAAAGAACACAUUACAAGUGAAGUUUCUCUUGGCUAGAAAUCCUCUCCUAAAGAUCUAGUGCUGGGUCGCUAACAGACAUCUGUCACGGGUAGGCCUAGGAAGGAAGAAAAAAGACCAACCAGCAUAAGGUGUGUGCACAGUAUGCAGCAAAUAUGACAAAGCUAACAUAGGAGAAUAUUAAACGUGUAUUUUCUAUAUUUGGCGAUAACGUUUUUACAAAUAAAGUACCUGACUAGAGAGAGAAAGAAAAAGAGAGAGAGAGAGAAUAUUGAAAGAUAUAUACUAUAGAGUAAAAGUGCACUUUUGCUACAGAUUUAUAAGGGUUUAAAUUGGAAGAGAAUGGUGUGAUGUUACUACUGUCUAAUAAAUGACCCCCAAAUGUCUCCAAUAAAGGUCACGUAUGGUGAAAUGCC